AUGGCCUUAACGCUGAUUAAAAUUCGUCUGAUAAAGGAUCUAGAGUCGCUGCAGAAGUUUCUGCAGAAGAAACCUAAUGCAACUGGGGAGGAGAGGUAUGAUUAUUUAGAGGAGGAGGCUAUGAGUGACAUUCUUCAACAGCGGGCGGAUAUCGUUGCGCGAGAUGACUACAAGGACUUGAUUGCUGAGCUGAAGCGUCAGGUACUGCAGUUGUACAAGAUGGUCAAGAAGGACAACAAGUAUAUAUGGCCGGGCAUUGAGAACCCGAACUUGUAUGCAUACGAUGUGACGAGCGCUUAUUCUCCCGGGUCGCGGCAGGAUGCUGUUCUUAUUUUCCGCCUCUCGUGUUAUUCUUGGUCAGAGACGGAGCCGGCGAUACAGUAUAUCAGGGGGACAUUCAGUGCUGCUAGGUAA